UUACAAGUAGCCCCAAUGCCCCAUCGAGAGUUCCAGAUCCAGGGUGCCAGCAGCUAAUUCGCCCGACCACAUCGCCCAGCCUUCUAAACCCAAACCCGUCCUCCUUGCCCCGGCCCGACGACGAGUCACCCGGCCCGCGCGAUGGCCGGCGGCGCCAGCAGCAGCGGCGGUGCGCGGGACGGGGGCGAGUCGGUGGUGAUCGACUACGGCCGGCGCCGCACGACCUGCGGCUACUGCCGAUCCUCCGGGCCCACGAGCAUCUCCCACGGUAUGUGGGCUAAUAGUCUGAAAGCUGAUGAUUACCAAGCUCUCCUUGACCGUGGGUGGAGGAGAUCUGGUUGUUUUCUCUACAAACCUGAGAUGGAACGAACAUGCUGUCCCUCGUAUACGAUACGCUUGAAGGCAAAUGAUUUCAUUUGUUCAAAAGAGCAUGGUCGUGUACUUAAAAAGAUGCAAAGGUUCCUUGAUGGUGAACUUGAUCCACAGGUUGGAAGUCCACAACGUAAGGCAAGCCCUACAAAACGUUCACUCAGUGAACCUUCGAACUCACCUACCUCAAAAGUAUCUAAGGUAUCAGCAAAUGAGUUUCAAGAAGCCACAUGCCCAAAUUUCUUGAAAGAAGAUGAGUUCAUCUGUUGUUUGUCAAGCAAAAUCAAUGAGGCAAUUGAUACAUACUUCCAAGGGGUGAUAUUAGGUUCUACAGUUCAACUCCCUAAAGCUGUUGUGAAGACUGUUAAACCUCAGGUCAAGAAGAAAGUAGGAGAAGCAAUGCAAAAAAAUAAAGCAGGAGUACAAGAUUUGGUGUAUACAUGUAAUAUAAGUUUCCAGAUAGUGGCAGCAGUCAGACGUGCAUUGCCUAAAGAAAAAAGUGCUAAUCAAACUGAAGUACUAGCAGAUCUUUCCCCAAAUUCUGUUGCAGAAAAGCUGGUCAUGACAAUGGAACGUCUUGGAGGACUAGCUGGUUUUGAAGUAAAAGCUUGUAAUGGCCAUCUUAAUUUCUAUUCGGCCGCCAAUCCGGCAAUGCAGAACCAUACUGGUGCUGUUGUACCUGUUCAAGCUUCAGAUAAAACUAGUAGGUCAAAGCAAAGCUCUGUGAACAAAAUUUCUGCAAAACAUCCUCAAAAAAGGAAAAGCCUGGAGAUUAGGAUGAGCACAUCUCAUUUUGACCCAGAGGAGUUUGCUUUGUACCGAAAGUAUCAGACAAAGGUGCAUAAGGAGAAGACAAUUACAGAAAGCUCAUACAGGAGAUUUCUAGUAGAUACACCAAUUGUGUUUGUCCCCCCAAAGAGUGGUGAUAAUACAGUUCCACCAUGUGGGUUUGGGUCUUUUCAUCAGCAGUACAGGAUUGAUGGAAAACUUGUGGCUGUUGGUGUAGUUGAUAUCCUUCCUAAAUGUUUGUCAAGCAAGUACUUGUUCUGGGAUCCUGACCUUGCUUUCCUAUCACUUGGAAAGUAUACAGCUCUGAAGGAGAUAGAUUGGGUCAAGACAACACAUGAACACUGUCCCAGCCUUCAGUACUACUAUCUUGGUUACUAUAUACAUUCUUGCAAUAAGAUGAGAUACAAAGCUGCAUAUCGACCAUCGGAACUUCUGUGUCCAGUCCGUUACGAGUGGAUUCACUAUGAUUUAGCCAAGCCUUUACUGGAUAAGAGUCAAUAUUCCACUCUGUCUGAUUAUGCUACAAUGCAAGAUGAAACCCCACAGCCUCAGAUUUGUGGCCCUUCAGAUGACUCUUCAGCAAAAGUUGACCACCACGAGUCUCCCAGUGACGAGGAUGACGAAGAUGUAAAUGACUAUGAAUCCGAAAUGAUGAUUGAUGAAGAGUUAGUUGAUUCAGAAAAAGCAGAUACAACUGAGUGUGGUUCCAGCAUAAAGGACAUUGAAAAUAUCACCCUAGACCUCAAUGGUUCUAAAGUUAAGUACAAGGACCUUCAGCUAGUGUUUGGGCCAAUCGAGAGGCGACACCUCAAUGCGCUAGAAGGGCAACUGAGCAGAUACGCCAAAGUUGUUGGGAAGGAGCUAUCUGAUCGGAUGGUAUAUUGCAUGUCUUGAUACGCAGCCGUGUCCGAUAGCUCAGUUGUGCUAUGCCUAUGAAAGGUGCCGUCUCGUCUAUUCAGAAAGAAAGGUCCAACUCGGUACUGUCGCAUGUUUAUGCCCGUCGAUUUUUUUGUUGUAAAAGACACUAAAGAGCUCACGGUCUAAUAGGAUGGCACGACACAUUGUCUGGUCGAUUCUGUGUACGUUUGGGUACUGGCAUUUACGCCUUCUGUGGUGAAUCAACACGGUCUACGCUGAAGAAGAAA